AUUAUUUAUCUGUCAAGUGUCAUCGUCAUCUGUGUGCUGUGUUUGAACUUGGACGGUGUUUUUCUGGUCGGUUUGCGUGUGGUUACGUGGUACAAAGUCCAAAAGUCAACUUUUUAUAAAAAACAAUUGAAGAAUUUAAAAAUCGCUAUGAAUCCUCUAAACCAAAUUGUACGUGCAACACGUCCUAUUUACCGAAAAUUGUCUACUACUGCAACUACAGCAUCAGCCGUGAAACCUAUCCCCACAACUGGUUUAUGUUUUGAACUCAGCGAUGAACAGAAAGCCCUGCAAGAUCUUGCUCGUAAGUUCACCCGGGAAGAGAUCAUCCCCGUGGCCGGCCAGUACGACAAGUCCGGGGAAUACCCUUGGCCAAUCAUCAAGAAGGCGUGGGAAGUUGGCUUAAUGAACGGUCAUGUGCCAGAACACUGCGGGGGCAUGGGAAACUUUGGCGUUUUCGACGAGUGUUUAAUCGCUGACGAGUUUGCCUUCGGAUGCACUGGUAUUUGUACAGCCAUUGGCAGUUCAGGUCUAGGACAAACGCCCGUUAUUAUCGCUGGUAACAAGGAACAGCAGAAAAAGUAUCUUGGCAGACUCAUCGACGAACCAUUGGUCGCUGCAUACGGCGUAACAGAACCCGGGGCAGGAUCAGAUGUAGCAGGAAUAAAAACAAAGGCAGAAAAAAAGGGUGACGAAUGGAUCCUCAACGGACAGAAGAUGUGGAUCACCAAUGGAGGAGUAGCCAACUGGUAUUUCGUGCUGGCAAGGACUAAUCCCGACCCAAAAUGCCCAGCCAGCAAGGCGUUUACUGGCUUCAUCGUGGAGAGGGAAUGGCCUGGAGUAACUCCCGGGCGUAAAGAACAAAACAUGGGACAACGCGCUUCGGAUACUCGUGGCAUCACUUUCGAAGACGUACGCAUUCCCAAAGAGAAUGUUCUGAUCGGAGAGGGCGCUGGUUUCAAGAUCGCUAUGGGUGCCUUCGAUAAGACACGGCCACCGGUGGCAGCUGGCGCCACAGGCUUGGCAGCCCGCGCUCUUCACGAGGCGACCAAGUACUCGCUGGAACGCAAGGCAUUCGGAGUGCCGAUCGCCCAACACCAGGCCGUAGCGUUUAUGUUGGCUGACAUGGCCAUCGGCGUCGAAACUGCACGUCUAGCCUGGCAACGCGCCGCCUGGAUGGUCGACCACGGUCAGAAGAACACGGUCAUGGCAUCAGUGGCCAAGGCGUACGCGUCGGAAGUAGCCAAUAAGGCAGCCGCCGAUGCUGUCCAAGUGUUUGGAGGAAACGGCUUCAAUACUGAGUACCCCGUCGAGAAACUUAUGCGUGACGCAAAAAUCUACCAGAUUUAUGAAGGCACAUCCCAAAUUCAGAGACUCAUUAUAUCAAGGGAGAUCCUGAUUGCUGCCAAACAAAGCAACUAAAUAAAGCAUAAAAUAUUUUAUAUCAAUUUAGAAAGUGUUCAUUUAUAAAGCUGACUCAUAAUAAUAAUACUCAAUUGUAAUAUGAGUAUUUUUAAAUUAUAACUCUGAUCAGUGGUAUACACUAUGGUAUAAGACAAAGGGGA